GACGCUGCAGACUUCAUCCUGCAGUCACACUGGGACAGUGCAGAAAUAAAGAGGCUUGCUUUAAAACAUGAAACAUUUGACGUGGAUCAGCGCUCUGUCAUUUCUGCUUUAUUUCUCCUCAGGAUCGGCAGACUACAGACAAAGGCGUCAGAUCCCAGCGAGGAGUUUGGCGGGUGUUUGCCGUUACGGCAGCAGGCUGGAGUGCUGCUACGGAUGGAAGAAAAACAGCAAAGGCCACUGUGAAGCUCAGUGUGACCUGGGAUGCAAACACGGCGAGUGUGUCGGCCCCAACAAAUGCAAGUGCUUCCCCGGAUACACCGGAAAGACGUGUAGUCAAGAUCUGAAUGAGUGCGGUCUAAAGCCUCGGCCCUGUGAACAUCGCUGUAUGAACACCUUUGGUAGCUACAUGUGCUACUGCUUAAACGGAUACAUGCUGAUGCCUGAUGGCUCCUGCACAAACUCGAGGACGUGUUCUCUGGCUCACUGUCAGUACGGCUGUGAGGAGGUGCAGGGUGAGGUCCGCUGUCUCUGUCCGUCUCCUGGCCUGCAGCUGGGAUCUGAUGGGAAGACCUGUGUGGACAUUGAUGAAUGUGCAACUGGGAAAAACCAGUGUCCGUUCAACCGUCAGUGCACCAACACGUUUGGAAGCUACUACUGCAAGUGCCAGACGGGUCACGAUCUCAAAUACGUCAGUGGAAAGUACGACUGUGUUGGUAAGAAAGAAACAUCUGACUGCGUGUCUGCUCAAAUAAACACCACAGAAGAGUCUGAAAGCACAGACAAGUGUCCACUUGCAGGAUUCUUCUCGUUUUCUACAGAUAUUCGCUUUCUAGUAGGGGCUUUCCCUGAUUUAUCAAGAGAAGCUGAUGUUUGGCAGAGACUGAAGGCAAAUGUUGGAACUGCUCUUUAUGAUCUGUGUGUUUUUCCGUUUGUAGUUCCAGAUGAUUUUGUGCCUGUUUACGGUCCAGAAUCAGAGCCGAAGGAGAUCCAGGCAGCGCCGCUGAAGGAAAGAUUCCUGACGGACUGUGACUUUGAUCGUGGUGCGUGUGAAUGGGUGCAGGAUAAUGAAGACGAUCUGGACUGGACCAUCAAAUAUCAUGAAAACGGACGGGAAUAUUACUUGGCCCUCGACGGUCCUGUGGGGAACAGGAGGGAGCAGGCGAGGAUGAAGCUGCUGCUGGAUGAUUACAUGCGUCAGAGCAGCUUCUGUCUGAAAUUUGAUUAUCGCAUUCAGGGGCAGAACAUGGGCGUCUUACGCGUGAUGCUGGACAACAGCGCCGUCGCCGUCUGGGAGAAACGAAACCCUCACAAGCACAGCUGGCAGUCAGAGAAGAUCACCAUUAACUGGACAGAAAACACCCCAGACGCCAUCAUCUUUGAGGCCGAGCGUGGGAAGUCAGUAAGCGGAGAGAUCGGUCUGGAUCACGUGGCUCUGAUCUCUGGACCCUGUUUGGAUGAUAAAACCGUCAUCUUUUAGCGGCGCCACAAAGGUCAUCAUUUAAUUUGUGACUUUUUUAACCAUCACAACAACAACAACAACAACAAAAGACAGAUUUAGCUGUUGCUCAGCUUUCAGAAUAAGCAGGUACAAACCUGCAUGAAAAUAAGGAGAAUUUCAUUUAUUGAGUGUCAUUGGUUUUAUGUUUUCUGAUUGUAGGUAGAUAUCAGUCACUAUUUGUAUGAUUAUAUAAACACUGCAACAUUAUAAUGGCUGUACAUUUUGCUUUACAUUAAAAUAUUUUAAGAGA